AUGUCAGAUCUAUUCAAAGAGCUCACGGCCCCAAAUGGCCUUAAAUAUAUUCAACCUCUUGGCUUGUUCAUUAACAAUGAGUUCGUCAAGUCUUCAAACAACGAAACCCUUGACGUCUAUAAUCCAGCCGACGAGUUAAUGAUUGCCUCCGUUUACAGUGCAUCUGAAGAUGAUGUUGAUAUAGCAGUACAGGCUGCACAAAGAGCAUUUAAAGAUCCCAGUUGGAGCGAACUUUCGCCCACUGAAAGGGGAAAUUUAAUGCUUAAAUUAAGUCGGCUGAUUGAAGAAAACCUGCAAACCCUUGCCACCAUUGAAACAUGGAACAAUGGUAAGCCGUAUAGUGUUUCUAUCAGCGAAGAUGUCCCGGCCACUGCGGCAGUAAUCAGAUAUUAUGCUGGAUAUGCGGAUAAAAUUCAAGGAUCUGUCCUGGGAACUGGCCCGGCAAAAUUUGCAUAUACUAUUCGAGAGCCAAUUGGCGUCUGUGGCCAAAUAAUUCCAUGGAACUAUCCACUUCAGAUGGCUGGGUGGAAACUAGGCCCUGCCCUAGCUUGUGGAAAUACAGUGAUUUUGAAGGCGGCUGAACAAACUCCGCUGUCUAUCUUGUACUUCGCAAGUCUGGUGAAGCAAGCUGGAUUUCCACCAGGUGUAAUCAAUAUUAUUAACGGGCACGGCAAAGUCGCCGGGGCUGCUCUUGCGAAGCACAUGGGCGUUGAUAAAAUCGCAUUCACUGGAAGUACUGCUACUGGCAAAGAAAUUAUGAAAUAUGCCAGCCUCAACAUGAAAAAUAUAACCCUAGAGACUGGCGGUAAAAGCCCACUGUUGGUUUUUAAUGACGCGGAACUAGAUCAAGUGGUGAAGUGGGCGCACGGCGGUGUCAUGUGGAAUAACGGUCAGAUCUGUACAGCAACGUCCCGCAUCCUCGUUCAAGAAGGGAUAUAUGAUGAGUUCCUUGCGGCAUUCAAAGCACGAGUUGAGUCAAUGCAAGUGGGAGAUCCAUUUUCUGGAGGGACUUUCCAGGGGCCUCAAGUAUCAAAGGCACAGUACAACCGUAUACUGUCAUACAUUGAGGUUGGUAUAAACGAAGGAGCCACCAUCUUAACAGGAGGAACUGCAGUAAAAACUGCUGGUCACGGCAAAGGGUUCUUUAUUGCCCCUACAGUUUUUACAAGCGUGACCUCUUCAAUGAGAAUAUACCGAGAAGAAAUUUUCGGCCCUGUUGCAGUCGUCGUUAAGUUUAGAACGGAGGAUGAGGCCUUAAGGAUGGCCAAUGAUACAGAAUAUGGACUCGGGGCGGCUGUCUUUACUGAAAACCUAACAUUGGCUCAUCGGGUUGCAAGGAAACUUGAAGCAGGUAUGGUUUGGAUUAACUCGAGUCAAGACUGUGAUGAUCAAGUCCCUUUUGGUGGCGUAAAACAAAGCGGCAUUGGAUCUGAGUUAGGCGAGUCUGGAUUGGCACCUUACUCUAUCAUUAAAGCCGUUCAUCUGAAUAUGUCAAAUCGCUUAUAG